AUGACCAAUACCAGCGAUCAAACAGAUUUUUAUUUUUUUAUUUUUUUUCUUUCCUCAGGGCUCACCAGCUCCAGUCUAGCUGAAAGCAACAGGCUUUUAGAGACCAUUAAAGCAUUUGUCCACUUUGGAGCUUUCAUUGUCACUGGUCUCUUCGCCUGCCUCAUCAUAGCAACAGUGCGGCACAACCAGGAGCUGCGUCAGACCCCUCGUUACGUCCUGUUGUGUCAGCACUGCGUCUGUGUGUCCGGCUUCAACAUCAUGGGCGCAGCCGUGCACGGUCUUCGCAGUCUGCGUUGGCCGAUUUUUCGAAUCACCUGCUGGAUCCUCUUCGACCUGCAGGUGGUGAUGGCACGAGGUUUGAUGAUCACCCUCACGCUGAUGUCCGUCAGCACCUGUCUGUCUAUUUGCAUGCCACUCCGUUACCCCAUUCUGGUCCAGCGCUUCCACCGCUGGGUCACGCUGGUGGCUUGCGUUCUCGCCCUGCUCAACCCCGUAGUCUUCACCGUCCUAGCCUGUGCGCGCUCUCCAUGGGAUCAUGUGGUUGGGCUGGACACCGAGUGCUCUACGGCUUUGGAAGGCACAGCUUGCAUUGCCAGUGCUUUAGCAUUGCUGUUAUUGCUGGUGCUGCUCAUCAUUGGAAGCUACGUGGCGAUUUAUCUGGAAGGUAGACGUGCUGGCCAUUUCACGCGAUCCAACAGUAAAGGUCGCCGCACCAUUCUAAUCCACAGCAUGCAGAUAAGCCUGCACCUCCUGCCCUCCGUCAUCAUCAUCUCCCGGCAUCAGGAGACACUCCCUGUGGCAUUGGCGAAUUUUAUCGUCUUCUGUUUUGCACAGUCACUGAGCCCCGUGGUGUUCGGCCUGCGCUGCAAAGAGCUCUACAAGGAGAUGCUACAUUUCCAGCUAUUGUUCUGGGGAACUUGUUGUGGCUGUGGGCAUGUUGGCAGCACUGAUACCAUCAGCACUGGGACAAUAACCAGUGCAGAGACCGCAGCCAGUAUAGAGACUAACACCUCCUCCAGCAUGGCCACCAUCACCCCAUCUGCCAUUAUUACAGAAUGUGAGGGUGAGAAAGAGAGGUCAGACUUCAUAGAGUUAACUGUGUAAGUUAGCUGGACAAGGUAAAAAGUCUCUACAGUGUUAAAAGGUAAUUGGCAUUUUAAAAUCCUAGAGACAGUAGCACCUCAAUUUAAAAACACAGAAUAGGGAGGCCAAGAGAAGAGGUGAAAAGAGGUUUUGCCUCUUUUUUAAAUCCCAGAUAGAGAAUAAAAAUAUUAAACAACAUCAAAAGUUUGGGGUCAGUAAUACUUUUAUUCAGCAAGGAUGCAUUAAAUUGAUCAAAAGUGACAGUUGUGACUUUUACAUUGUUACAAAAAAAAAUGCUGUUCUUCAAACGUUCUAUUCAUCAAAUAAUACUAAAAAAAUGUAUCAUGUUUUCCACAAAAAUAUUAAGCAGCAUAGUUUUUGACUAUGAUAAUAAUUGGAUAAUGAAUGAUUUCUGAAGGAUCAUGUGACACUGAGGACUGGAGGUCAGCUUUGCCAUCACAGGAAUAAAUUACA